UGUUAUUUCUCUUCGAAUCACUUAUGUCCUCAUCUUUGUUUGUUUUUUCUGGAAGGAAGUCUCCUUAUUCUGGAUUGUGUGAUUGUCUAGGAAGUGAAGGGGCUGAAGGACUUGAAUUUUGUGACCAGACGUAUGGAACCUAAUGGUUACAGAAAGGGUAACAAAAAGAAUCUUGUUACCCUAAAUGGUAAUCAUAGCCCGUUGAUUGUAGAUGAGGAGCUGGACCCCUGGACAGCUUGGGCAUACAAACCUCGUACUAUUACGUUGUUGCUUAUUGGCGCAUGUUUCCUCAUCUGGGCAAGUGGAGCUCUUGAUCCACAAAGCACUUCAUCCAGUGACGUUUCUACUUCUGUGAAAAGGGGCGUUUGGGCAAUGGUUGCUGUUUAUCUUGCCUACUCUUUGCUGCAAGCCCCCUCAACGAUUCUUUAUGGAGCUUCUUUUACUCAGUUCUCAACUAGGGUACUUAUUAGACCACAUCCUGCCAUUUGGCGCCUGGUUCAUGGAAUGGCUGUCAUUUAUCUUGUUGCUUUGACAUUUUUACUUUUUCAGAGGCGCGAUGAUGCUCGUCAGUUUAUGAGAUAUCUGCAUCCUGAUCUUGGUAUUGAACUUCCUGAAAGAUCUUAUGGUGCUGAUUGCAGACUCUAUGUACCUGAAAAUCCCACGAACAGGUUUAAGAAUGUCUAUGACACAUUAUUCGAUGAGUUUGUUCUGGCUCAUAUAUUAGGGUGGUGGGGAAAGGCCAUAAUGAUACGUAAUCAGCCCCUUUUAUGGGUCUUAUCAAUUGGGUUCGAGUUGAUGGAGCUUACUUUCCGUCACAUGUUACCAAACUUCAACGAGUGCUGGUGGGACAGCAUUAUUCUGGAUAUAUUGAUCUGCAACUGGUUUGGCAUCUGGGCUGGAAUGCGUACUGUUCAAUAUUUUGAUGGGAGAACAUAUCAAUGGGUUGGUUUAAGCCGGCAGCCAAAUAUUAUAGGCAAGGUCAAGCGAACACUUGGCCAAUUUACUCCAGCACAUUGGGAUAAAGAUGAAUGGCAUCCCCUCCUUGGUCCCUGGCGAUUCCUUCAAGUUCUCAGUCUCUGUGUUGUGUUCUUAACCGUAGAAUUGAAUACGUUCUUUUUGAAGUUCUGCCUUUGGAUUCCUCCCAGAAACCCUCUGAUAGUGUAUAGGUUGGUUCUGUGGUGGUUACUUGCAAUACCAACAAUUAGGGAAUAUAAUACUUACCUACAGGACAGGAAACCAGUGAAAAAGGUGGGAGCAUUUUGCUGGCUUGCACUAGCUAUCUGCAUUGUUGAACUCCUAAUCUGCGUCAAGUUUGGACAUGGAUUAUUUCCGGACCCCAUGCCUAAUUGGUUAGUAGUUUUCUGGACAUGCACGGGCAUUGGCCUUGUGAUAUUUUUGGCUGCAUGGUCAUGUCAAUUACACCGUACAAUGAGGAAAAAACAGCAAUGAGUUUUUGCAGUACUUCCAUUCUUUAUUCCUUUGUGUUAUUUCGGGUAACCAACCGUCUUGUAAAUACUGAAUACCUUUUAACUGUAUAUGCUGUCUUCCUAGGUUAGGUAUUACAGUUGAAAAAUGUAGUGAAUCACAAUUCUUUAUGGUUAGGUCAUAGGUUGGUAGAUACCCUGUUUCACUGUUUGUGCUGCCUCAGUCUGCAGGCUCUUUUUUCCCUUCCCUUUUUGUAAUUUUUUUUUUACAGGUGUAUGUUGAAAGUGUUGCCAAAUAUAAAUUUCAGUUCUAUAUCUGAGGUACAUAUUUUCCCUC